UGAAUAUUGGAUUAAUUCCCUUUAAGGUCAUUAUUUAUUAUGGCAACAGCGACACAGGAGUGAAAAUCAAUAGCGAAGGUGUAUCGGGAAGAAUUUAUUUCCCAAUCAGUUGUCAUUUCAUAUUCAUAUUGUGAUCAUUAACCUUUGAGGAUAUAUGCAGUCAUGAGUCGUUUUGGCCGCAGCAACCCCAUCACUCCAGACUACAUGUACGGAGGGCAAAACACAAAGACGUUUAAACGUGUUGUUGACGGACUACCCCAUGUGUGUGCGGACGGACACGGCCACGCCACAGAGAAGGAGGUUAUUCAGUGCAUAGAAGCCCACAAGGUGUACGUCUGUUCGAGUAACCACAUGCACACAGAAAAUUGUGGCGCUGAAAGAUGUGAUGCGAUUAAACGGGAAGAACAACAGCUUCGAGAUAAAGAACUGGCCAGACAGCAUGAACGUGAAAUGAUGGACAAACAAAUCCACUUGGCCGACAAUCUUAGGACGAUGGGCUGGAACUUCAAAACACAUGGUAUGCCGUCCCUAACCUGGAAAGACAGCUAACUGUUGAACUUAAAAAGAAAACUGCGAGUUAUAUAAUCUUGGAAGACAUACGAAAAUAUAGAAUGUGCCAAGCAUUGCAAUUUAGAGUACUAAUACAUUAAAAACGUGUAAUAUUUUCUAAAUAUUUCUUCUGAACUUUAGAGCUAAGUUCUAUCCUAGAUUUCUCCAGUGACGUGAUAACAACAGGCACGUGUGUCACUCGGUCAGAACUCGCACUCUCGUUCGAUGUGGAAAGAAACGUUUUUUGGAUAUUUUAGAAAGUUAUUAUUGGGUAUAAAGUUGAAGAUGGACGGUAACACAGUUUCGAGGAAGGAUAAGAGUUGUGCUGUGUUUUGAUUCGUAAUGAAAACGAGACUAUAAUGCAGAUAUCAUUGACACAAGCUUUAUUAAGGUGCGUAUGGUGAAAUCCUUCCGUAACGCAAAAAGACACAUAGCACAACAUGCACGUGUAUGUUUAAAUUGCACGUUCAUCCCAAACUAUCUCGUACAAAAUUGAAAUUACGUUCUCAGUCAAUCUGGUCAGCAAUAUACACUUUUAUUUUAAAGCAUUUAGAUAAUAACCUAGUGAGCGAUAAGCACAAAACGUAUAUUUGGUAGGAUUUUAUUUUUUUUUAGCUCGCCACAGUUAGGUUGAAAACAAAAAUCACUUUUACUAUGACUUAACAUUAUUCACGAAACAUCACUGUUCCACAUCACCUAUACUUAAAAUAGUAAUUGUAGAAAAUGUCUUAGCACCAAACCUUAAUUUUCACAUUUUUAGGAGAUGUUUAAACGCGUGUAGAUUUUAUUUUAUUAUAGUUCUACACCUUCCCUUAUCUACGUAAGAUUAAAACUGUGCGGGUAUGUUCGUCAUUAAGUUGUCUGUUAGUUUUUUACCUUUGUUACGACAUGUACAUUUUUGUUUUAGGCUGUUCAUCAUACAUUCUCUGUAUAUAUAACAGUAUGUCCCGGUUAAACCUGUAAAAUUGCUUUGUUUUGUUAUUGUUAAUGUUGUUGAAUUAUCAAGACAAAAUAAUAUUUUGUUAUUUAAAGGACACGUCUUUAGAAUUAUUUAAAUCUAAAUACCAUUUUUAAACAAACAUUUUCCUCCUAUUUUGCAUGUAAAAAAAACCUGAGAUAAAUCUAACAACAUGUCCCAUUACUUACAUUAUGUAAUUCAGCAGCUCAUCUGUCAUAUACUUCACCUUUAUUGUAAAAUCUGUAUUAAGUAGCCAGUCAAGUGAUACCAUGUGGCUGCUUUAAUUUAAACAUAUUUUAUUUCCCAAUAUGCACAUUUCAAAUGAGUAUUUACAUACAUAAAUUCUGGAUUGGACCGGAAGCCAGUAGGCUUAUUGAAGUCCUCUCUGGCUGCCUUAAGGAAGAUGGCUGCUUAACUGUGGGGAAAAUUAUAACAAAAAAUGUCAAUUUAUAAGGUUGGGGACUGGCUGCUUUAUGCAGGUGGUUGCCAGCAAAAACUUCUUUGUUUUGUACAAAAUUUAGAGCUUUAAUAAAUGUCAUGAUUUUUUUUUUCAUGAAACAAAUACUAAUCACCUCUCGAUAUUUCUGAAAUCAAAAGAUCUGUUGUAUACUUACAUUUCAUUUAUAUAUAAACGUUGUUAUCUCUAGAAAUCCAUGUUUUAUUUAUAUUCUUAGAUAAAAUAAAUCUUUAUACUACA